AUGAAGUGCAUUGAGUUCCUGAUAUACAAGCAUUACAAUUUUGGGAACAAACAACACAAGUAGUAUUUUAUAAAUAAUUGCCGAUUUAGCAUUCAGAACAAUUAGUGGAUUAAACUGAGCAUAGUUUGCACUUUUAAUCACAUUAUAUGCAAGUUUAUCCUUCAAGAUAAUAUCCAUUUUCACAAGAUGAGCAAUUCGUGUUUCCUGAUGCAUUGCAAUUAAUGCAUGGUGAUUAGCAAGGUAAACAAUUAUUCGAUUCUAAAUAGUAUUUAUUUUAACAAGAUUAGCAGUUGGAUAGUGAAGUACAUUUUAAGCAGGGACUUACACAAUUUGUGCAAGUUGACCCAUUCAAGUAAUAAAAAUUUACACAGGAUUAACAAUUAGUUGAGGUGCCAGAACAUGAUGUACAUGUACUAUCACAACCUUGGCAUUAAUUAUCAGUGCUGUUGUAAUAAUAACCAUUUUCACAAGUACAAUUUGAACAAGCUAUUAUAAAGUUGAGAUACUAAAUUACUUGCACAUAUUUUGUUUUCAUCAACUACAUACCCAGAUUCGCAACUCAAACAUUCCCCUGUUCCAUCAGCACAUGUUACACAAUGUUGAUUGCAUUGAGUACAGGUUUCAUUUAUUAGGUAGUAUCCAAUAGUGCAAGAUGUACAAGUAGUUGCUUAGUCAACACAAGUUUUGCAGUUUGUAGAACAUGA